GGGCAGCCCUUUUGGCCAGGUAAGAAAAAACAUGUGCGGCUUUCGGCUCUGGCUGCCGAGGUAUUUCACUAUGCCAGAUAAGGUCUUCUGGUAGUAUACACAGGUGGGCCGCCAAGAGGGAAAGAGAGAGGCGGUGCUGAGUAGGAAAAAAGCCCAGGAAAGGCGACGACGACGAGUCCACCAAGUCUAUUUUCAUUUGCCAGUCUCCGACGACGAGUGUUGUCAAAAGUCUCGUGUUUUCUUCCUCGUGGAUUAUUAAAUAACGUUGACGUGGCACGAAUCAGGUAUCUAACUGUGUACGUAAUACAUCGAAAGACACACAUUUUGUGUGUGUGUGUGUUGGCAUCCGAUUUCCCUCCCAAAUAGAAAGAAAAAGUUUCGUGUGUGUGUCUGUGCGAGUGUGCGAUCAAUUUACAUGGCUGGAGGCGGUGAUGGCAAAAGGCGCGCAAGAGGUCGCUGACUUCGCUUCUUCUGCUGCUUUUUGGCUGCCGUUCUUGUUGCAGCAGUCGAGCCGAGUUUGUUACUUCUCCGACGGCGGCCGUGUGGUGGUCGUGCCCUGUUGUGUUGUCUCGAUCGAAUAAGUGGCCUCUUUUUUCUCUUGUCUGUUGUGUGCAGUGGCUUUUGAACUCGAAUAAAACCAGAGACCCAAAGAAUCUGAGAGAAAACAAAACAAACGCAACGAUUGUGUUUAUUGUUCGUUGCUGCCUUGUUAUUGUGGAUUAUGCCGGAAAAAUUCUACAACCAGAUAUAACAAGGAUGGCGAUAAGAGCGGGACCGACGGCCGCGGUCAAACUACACGGUGUAACACUGUGAAAUAGUUGCCUUAGAAGCAGAAGAGCAGCCGGACCGAUAGGAAACGCUAAUCAACACGGCCGGCGCGAGAGAGAUUCGUCUCCCAAACGGACCAAUUAAUUGAAGUAGAAAAGAGAAACGAGACCACCCGCCUUGUGUCGUGGCGGUUUGCGAGAAAGAGAGUGACAACGAAAGAACACAAAACAAAAACGGACUGGAAUAUUUGUAAGUGUUUGUUUGUUUAGCCGGACUGACGUGGUGCGUAGUCCCGGCCAGCGAUGACCAUGUCGCAACGUGAAGAUGUGCUCAAAUUCGAGCAGGGCCGCAUCAAAGUGUUGCAGGAAGAGCGGCUCCACAUCCAAAAGAAGACCUUCACCAAAUGGAUGAACUCCUUCUUGACCAAGGCUCGUAUGGAGGUGGAAGACCUGUUUGUGGACCUUGCCGACGGCAAGAAACUCCUCAAGCUCUUGGAGAUCAUCUCGGGCGAGAAACUGGCCAAGCCCAACAAUGGCAAGAUGCGAGUACACAAGAUCGAAAACGUCAACAAAAGCUUGGCAUUUCUCCACACCAAAGUGCGCCUGGAGAGUAUUGGCGCUGAAGACAUUGUCGAUGGCAAUCCCCGGCUCAUUCUGGGUCUCAUGUGGACCAUCAUUCUACGAUUUCAGAUCCAGGAGAUUGAAAUCGAAGUGGACGAGGAAAAUGAAAGUUCAGAAAAGAAAUCCGCCAAGGAUGCGCUGCUGUUGUGGUGUCAGCGCAAGACGGGCGGCUAUCAGUACGUCAACAUUCAGGAUUUCUCCGGGUCCUGGCGCAACGGAAUGGGAUUCAACGCUUUGAUUCAUUCCCACCGACCGGACAUCAUCGAUUACAGCCGGCUGGACCCCAACGACCACGUUGGGAAUCUCCAGUACGCGUUCGACGUGGCGGAACGCGAGUUGGGCAUCGCUCCGCUUCUCGACGCCGAGGAUGUUGACGUGUCUCGACCGGAUGAGAAAUCCGUCAUCACCUACGUGGCUUCCUACUAUCACACCUUCGCCCGGAUGACCAAAGAACAAAAGGGCGGCAGGAGGAUAGCCAAUAUUGUCGGUCAAAUGAUGGAAGCCGAUCGACUGAAAGAGAAUUACUGCCAGCUGAGUAGUGACCUGUUGGAAUGGAUCCAGCACAAGCUGGUGCAGCUGGACGACCGCCAGUUCCCCAACAGGAUCGAAGGUAUCCAGGGUCAACUCCUGGACUUUAAGCAGUACCGCACCGUGGAGAAACCUCCAAAGUACAAGGAGCGAAGUGAAAUCGAGGCCCUCUUUUUCGCCACCAAUACGCAGCUGGCCACUCUGCGGCAGCCCAGCUUCAUCCCGCCCGAAGGCGUCAGCCUCUACGCCCUGCAAAAGGCGUGGGACGCUCUGGAGAAAGCCGAGCACAGACGUGAGGUGGCCUUGCGCAACGAAUUGCUCAGACUGGAACGGCUGGAACAGCUGGCGUACAAAUUCGAACGAAAAGGAUUACUGAGAGAUGGAUAUCUCAAAGAGAUGAUACAAGUCCUGUCGGACCCACGCUACGGCAGCAAUCUGACGCAAGUCGAAGCCACGGUCAAGAAACACGAAGCCAUUUGCGCCGACAUUCUAUCCAGGAAAGAGCGGUUCCAUCAUCUGACGAGCAUGGCCGCCGAACUGGAGAAGGAGAAUUACCGAGGCAAAGACCAAAUCAACAAACGUGAAAGGGAAAUUCUAACACGAUGGGACGAGCUGUUGGUUCUGCUGGAACGGCACAGACUGGCCUUGCAAUCGGCCAGCCAGCUCAUGUCGGUCAUGAGAGACCUGGACACGGUGGCUUCCACCAUCCGAGAUCUUGAGGAAAACUUCAAAUCGGAGGAUGUCGGGCGCCACUUGCUGGCCGCCGAAGACCUGACGCAACAGCAUCACGUUUUCGAGUCGCAAAUCGCCGCCCUGGGUGACAACAUCCAGCGCCUCAACCGUCAGACGCAGCAGAUCCUCCAGGGAGCCGACACUGCGGCCGUCCAGCGUGAAGGGCCCACCUUGAAAAUCAAAAUCGACGACUUGAACAAAGAUUACGACAGAGUCAAGAAGCAAGCGAAAGCUCGACGUGGGCGGCUGGAAGACGCCAAAGCUCUCUUCCAGCUGUGGGAGGAUCACGAAGAAGAAGAGGCUUGGCUGGUCGAAAAGAAACGCAUCUGUCAAACGGGUAUUGUCGCCAAAGAUUUGAGGGCCUUGAUUAGCCUCCAGCAAAAGCACAAGGCGUUGGAAGACGAACUGAAGGCGCGAUGGAACAAGGCGGAGAAAUUGUGCGAAGCCGGCAGAGAAUUGAUGGCCGCCGGACAUCCGCAAUCCAACGAAAUCGCCGCCUACAUCGACAGUCUGCAGAAACACUGGAAGGAGUUGCGGGUGUUGGCCGAGCAACGAAAAUCGCGACUGGAAGAGGCGGCCGAAGCUUAUCAGUUUUACGCGGAUGCCAACGAAACGGAAUCAUGGCUCAGGGAAAAGAUGCCGUUGGUCCGCUCGACCGAUUGCGGCGAGGACGGACCUGGUGCCCAGGCUCUUUUGGCUCGCCACCGAGAUCUCCAGGGUCAAAUCCGGGCCUACGAAGGCGACAUCCAGAGUCUCAACAGCCAGGCCGAUCGUCUGGUGGCCAGCGGCGUCACAUCGCUGGCCAUCGGCAAUUCCAAGCAGCAGGGCCUGGAGAACGGCUCGGCCAGGGGAGAGCCGGACGGCGAAUGGGGAGAAGAGAUCCGCAUGAUUCCGGAAGAAUACUCUGAAGAAGAGUCCUGCGAACGGACCGAGUACCGGACAGUGACCGAAGAGCGUUUGGUACCCCAAGUCAAGGCCAUCUACGCCUUUGAAGGACAGGGCAUGACGAUGACUAAAGGGGAGGUGUUUUUCCUCUUGAACAAGACCAACGACGAUUGGUGGCAUGUGCGCAAAGGAUCGGGCAAGGACGGAUUCGUUCCAGCCAACUACGUCAAAGAGAUCGAAGGCAAGCGGAUCCCCGUCCAGGUUCGGCAACCUUUCACCGUCAAGGAUGUCAGGCGGAUCAAGAAAACGCGCAUGACCAAGAAAACGGUUCCCAUCCGGAAACCGAAACCUCCACCAAAAGCGGCCGCCACGGAAGUCGAGUCAGUGUCGCAACGAAAAAAGAACAUCAACGAAUCGUAUGAUGAAGUUGUUCGACUGGCCAAGAAACGACACACGGACCUGGAGAAUGCGAUCCUGCUCUUUGCUUUCAACGGCGAGUGCGACGACUUCGACAAGUGGCUGCAGGAGAAGGCCAAGCAGCUCAACGCCGACAACCGUGGCGACACGGUCGACGCGGCCAAGCGGAAAUUCGAGCAAAUCGUGACGGACUUAUCAGCAAGUCGCAGCCGGUUGGAUGAGAUUGACCGACGCGCUGACGAGCUGCUGGCCGUCAAAGCCGCUGCGCCGGCCAACAUUCGCGCCCGAGUCAAGAGCAUUCACGACCGGUCGGAUUCCAUCAACAAACUACGCCAGGCCAAAGAGCGUAGCCUUCAGGGGGCCAACAGCGUGGAGCUGUUCCACCGGACGUGCGACGAAGCCACUGAAUGGAUGGAAGAGAAAAUCACCAAAUUGGACACGGAAGAACUGGGUCGAGAUUUACAAUCGGUUCAGGCCCUCCAGCGUCGGCACCAGAACCUGGAACGUGAACUGGCUCCGCUGGAGGAAAGAGUCAACCGAAUUAAUCACUUGUCGGCUUCGGUCACGGCCUCCUACCCGGAAGAAAAGCGGGCGGUUCAUACGCGCCAAAAGGAAGUCCAGGAACUCUGGGAACAAGUCAAGAACAAAGCUGUCGACCGCAGAUCCCGUCUCGAACAGGCCGUCGGCCAACAGCUUUUCCUCAAGGAAGCCAAAAGUUUGUUGACCUGGGUGGCUGACGUGAAAGACAAUCUGAAUGCCGGUGAAGCCGCUCGUGAUGUGGCCACGGCCGAAUUAUUUUUGAAGAACCACCAAGACCUUUGUGAUGACAUUCGAGCCCACCAAGACGAUUUUGAUUCGUUGGCCGGGCUGGCCAGCAAACUACCCAACAACAAGGAGGUUAGAGAAAAGGCCCAGCAGUUGGACGAGGAACGUAGGGCUCUGCAGCGAGGCUGGCAGCAGAAGGACGACUUCCUUCGGCAGACGUUUGACUUGCAGAUUUUCAACAAGGAGGCGGAUCAAAUCGAUGCCGCCUCUUCAUCGCAUGAGGCCUUCCUCGAAUUUUUCGACUUGGGCUCGUCGCUGGAUGACGUGGAAGCUCUUCAGAAGCGGCACGAGGACUUUGAGAACUCGCUGGCCGCCCAGGAUGAACGACUCAAAAUGUUUAGCGAAGCGGCCGACAAGCUCAUCACUGCCAAACAUUACGAUAGCAAAAACAUCAACGAGCGACGGAAUAACGUCGUCAACCGACGAGAGAAUGUUAAAAAUGUCUCGGCCAAACGAAAAGACGCCCUGGGAGCUUCCCACACAUUCCAGGAAUUCGUGGCUUCGAUCGACGAUUUGCGGUCAUGGAUGGCCGAUAAAAACCGCACUGUUCAAGAUGAAUCCUACAGGGACCUGACUAAUUUGGAAAGAAAGUUGCAAAAGCACGAAGCUUUUGAACUGGAAUUGCGUGCCAACGAAGGCCAAUUGCGGUCCAUUAAUAAGACUGGGCAAAGUAUGACGAGCAAGAACCAUUACAGGAAGCAGGACAUUGAUCAGAUGCUGGACGCCAUGAACGACCAAUGGGACGCCCUUGUGGCAGCUUCGCUCGACAAGGGUCGCAAGCUCCGACAGGCCUCCAACCAAGUGGCUCACAACAAGACGCUGGAAGAUGCCAAGAGUAAACUUGACGAAUUGAACUCUGAAAUCAAUCAGAGCGACGUCGGCAAUGACCUUCGCAGCUGCCGCGAACGACUCAAGAAGCAGCAGGUGCUGGAGAACGACGUCAACUCGUUGGAUCUCAAGAUCAACGAUUUGGUUCAGGCCGGAGAGGAGAUGGCCCAGGACGGGCAUUUCGAUGCCGAUGGUAUCCUCAGCCAAGGACAGAGAUACAAGAAACGACUUGAAGCAUUUAAAGAUCCGCUAAAGAGGAGGAGAAGUAAACUGGAGGAGUCGUUGCGAUUUCACACGUUCAAUUUUGAAAUGGACAAUGAAUUGCAAUGGAUCAAGGAAAGGGAACCAGCGGCCCGCUCCGAAACUCUCGGUCAAGAUUUGCACACUGCCCAGUCUUUGGAUAAGAAACACAAGAAGCUGGAAGGAGAAUUGACCGGACACCAGCCGGCGAUCGACAACACUCUAGAAGUUGGAGAGAAAUUGGAAAAAGAGGAUCAUCCGCAAAAGGAUGAGAUCGAAAAGAAAUGCCAAGAACUGCGUUCGUCGUGGGAUAAUCUGCGCGAACUUGUCGUCCAGCGCCGGAAGAAAUUGGACCUUUCACUCAAGGCCCAGCAGUUCUUCUUCGAAUCGUCGGAGGUGGAGAGCUGGAUGGCCGAGAAGACGGAACUCCUCAACUCCCAAGACGUUGGAAAAGACGAAGAUGCCGCCAUCAAGCUCCUCACGAAGCACAAGGCCCUGGAACUAGAAUUGGACACCUACAGCGGCCUCAUCAACGAAAUGGGCAACAUGGCCCAAGCCAUGGUAUCGAACAAUCACCCCGACAGCAAAGUCAUCACCCAGCGCCAGCAUUUACUCUCUCAGGGCAUGAAAAACCUGCAGAAAUUGGCAUCCCAUCGAAGACAGCGCCUGGUCGACUCGGUCAGUCGGCACGAGUACCUCCGCGAAGCCGAGAGCAUCCUGGCCUGGAUCAACGAACACAUGAUCACGGCCUCUUCGGAGGACUACGGACAGGACUACGAACAUUUAUUGAUAUUGAUUAACAAAUUCGAAGACUUUAAAUUGCGGAUUGCCGCCGGAUCUGAACGUUUCGGCCAGUGUGACGCCAUCGCCAAACGCCUAAUAGCCAGUGAGAACCCGUAUGCUGCCGAAUUCCCUGCUAAACAAGAAGAAUUACGUUUGGUAUCCCCAAAGAAGGAACAGAGCUGGGCCCGCAUCAGCGAACAAGUCGGCCAGAAACACCGCGUCCUUAGCGACGAGUGGUCAAAAUUGCUGGAAACGGUCGAACUCCGGGACGAGAAACUAGUAGCCGCCGGAGAAAUCCACCGCUUCAACCGGGAUGUAGCCGAAUCGCUCUCUCGCAUCCAGGAGAAGUACGUGGCCAUUCCGGACGAUCUUGGCCGCGACCUGAAUUCAGUUUUGGGUCUUAUUCGACGUCACGAAAACUUUGAAACAGAUUUAGUAGCGCUUGAAGCCCAACUUCAAAUCCUGGUGGAUGAUUCGGCCAAAUUACAAGUGGCAUACCCAGGCGGCAAUGCUGAUCACAUCCGAGCUCAACAAGCUUUGGUGAUUGAAUCGUGGAACACGCUGCAGGAGCGAAUGGCGCGACGGAAGGAAGAGCUGCAAGACAGCUGUGCUUUUCAACGCUUCCUCACCACCGUCCGCGACCUGGUCACGUGGUCUUCCGGACUGGUGGCCAUCAUGUCUUCCACGGAGAAGGUCCACGACGCCAACGAGGCCCAGGCUUUGCGUGCCGAACACGACCGGCUGAAAGGCGAAAUCGAAGCCAGAGAAGAUGUGUUCAGCUCGGCCGUCCAGGCCGGCGAAACCAUGAUCCAGGAGGAACAUUACUCCGCCGCAGAAAUCAAAGACAGACUCAUUCAGCUACUUCAGGAGCGUGAGAAGCUCCACGCCGUCUGGCAGCAGAGGAAGAUCCAUUUGGAUCAGCUAUUGGAUCUUCAGUUUUUCAGUCGUGAUGCCAAGCAGAUUGAAUCCACCUGCAACACCCAGGAAGCCGCUCUCCUGGGAACGGAUCUUGGCUCGACAGCCGAGGAAGUCAUGGCCCAGUUCAAGAAACACGAAGCCUUCGACAAGUUGGUGCAAGCGCAGGACGAACGAUUGGCGUUGCUGAUGGAGCACGGCGACAAACUGAUUGGCCAAAACCAUUUCGAGAGUCAGUGGAUCAUGAAGCGUGUUGCUGAAGUGACGGUGCGGCGCAACCGUGUCAAGGAACUCAGCAACAGUCGUCGCAAUCGUCUCCGAGAUGCUCUUCUCUAUGCCAAGUUUGUCCGUGAUGUAUCGGAAGCAGACGAUUGGAUUGAAGAACGCCAGAAACAGCUGGAUGUUGAAGCUGCCCUCGGAGAGGUUACCUCACUAGAGGACAAGGCCAAGAGGUUACAGAAACACCAAGCGUUCCAGGCUGAAGUCAGUGCUCACCAGGGUCGACUGAACGAAAUCAAACAAACGGGCGAAACACUGAUCUCUAAAAGACACGAAGCCUCACCCGACAUCCACCGUCAACUCGAAAAUCUUUUACAACGAUGGAAGCAAUUGCUGGCCGCCUCGAAUCUGUUGGGUCGCGGCCUGGAAGAGGCUCAAGACAUUCUCGAUUUCAACACCCAGUUGGAGAAGGCGAUGGCCUGGAUUGCCGACAAGGAGUUGAUGGUCCAACAAGGAGACUUGGGUCGCGACUACGAACAUUGCCAGGCCUUGCAGCGGAAGCUGGACGAUGUCGAUUCAGACAUGAGAUUCGACGACUCUCGCAUCAAAGCCAUCAAUGCCCUGGGCGAUAAGCUAGUGCGCCAAGGUCGCAGCGAUGCUCCAGCGGUCCAGCAGAAACGAGAUGCGCUGAAUCAGCGCUGGCGGGCAAUGCAGGGCGCUCUGGAUGAAUACCGGCAAGAUUUAGCCGGUGCCUUAGAGAUCCACGCGUUCAACCGAGACGUCGAUGAUACCGAAGGUCGUGUGACGGAGAAAACAAUUCUUCUGAGCGCAGGCGAUGAAGGCAAAGAUCUGCCUCAGGUCGAAUCGCUUCAAAGGCGACAGGAGGCAGUGGAGCGUGACCUGACGGCCAUCGAAGGCAAACUGAAGGAGCACGACGCUGAAGCUCGCAAAUUAACUGCCAAGUACGCUGACAUGUCAGCUACCAUCCGAGCCAAGUUGACGACAGCCCAGGACAACUGGAGGAAGUUGACUUCAACUGCCGCUGCCCGUCGUCAAAGCCUGGCUUCAGCCUACACCUUCCACAAAUUCAAAGCUGACCUACGGGAACUAGAAGCCUGGGUCCAGGACAUGAACAACAAAAUGGAGGCCACCGUCCUGGCCAACAAUUCAACAGACGCCCAAGCAGCCCUGCAAUUACACCAGGAGCGCAAAGCUGAAAUCGAUGGCCGGCAGAACAAUUUUUCGGCUCUCAAAGAUCACGGCCGGCGCUUGGUUCAACAACAGCACCCCUCCAAAGACGAAAUUGGCACUUGCCUAUCUGAACUGGAGGAACUGAGAAGGACCUUGGCCGCAACGUGGGAAGAGCGUAAAGUUCUACUGAGCCAAUGCCAGCAGCUCUGCCACUUUGACGAGCUCGUCGAUCAGGCUGAAGCUACACUGGCUAAGCAGGAGGCUUUCCUUAAUAACGAUGAUCUGGGAGACUCUUUGGCCGGCGUCCAAAUGCUGGUGCGAAAGCACGAAGCUUUCGAGAAGACGAUGGUGGCCCAAGGCUCACGUUUCGAAGAGCUGGAAAGGUUCGCCGCUGAAUUACUGGCCAACCAGCAUUACAACGCUGGUGGAAUUCAAAAACAAUUAGACGAGGCCUUGGGCAGGCGCGACCGCGUCCGUGAAGCAUCUCAUCAACGUCGCAAGCGACUGGAAGAGUCGAAAGAACUCCACAUUUUCUUGCGAAACAUUCACGAGGUCGAAGGAUGGAUAUCAGAAAAACUGCAAGUGGCAUCCGACGAAGCCUACCGAGACCCGACGAAUCUGCAAAGCAAAUUACAAAAGCAGGCUGCCUUCGAGGGUGAGUUGCAGGCCAACCGAGGUCGGGUGUCUCAGGUGACAGGUGAAGGUGAACAACUGAUGGCCGCUGGACACUUUGCUUCCAUGGAAAUUCAAUCGCAGUUGGACACGCUCGAUACGCAUUGGCGACAGUUAUUAGACGCCUCACAGCUGCGCCGAGAUCGAUUACAAGACGCUUACCAAGCGCUGCUCUUCAGUCGAAGUUUGGACGACAUCGACGGAUGGAUGGACGAGGUUGAACAGCAACUCCAGUCGGAAGAUCAUGGCCGUGAUCUCACAACCGUCCAGCAUCUGCUCAAGAAACACCAGACGCUUGAGGUGGACAUUCACGCACAUGCUGACGCCGUCCAAUCGGUUAAAGAGGCUGCCAUUUCGUUCCACGAAGCCGAGCACUUCCAGGCCGUCGAGAUCAACGAGCGAUCGCAGGUUAUCAUCAAGCGCUACCAGUCGUUGCACGAGCCUGUUCAAAUCCGGCGAGACAACUUGGAGGAUGCCUUACUCCUCUACCAGUUCUUGCGUGAUGUGGAAGAUGAAUUGUCGUGGAUCCGGGAGAAACAUCCUGUUGCCGCCUCAACUGAGUUGGGUACAUCUCUAUCCUCUGUGCAAACACUGCAAAAGAAGCACCAAGCCCUAGAAGCUGAACUUCAAUCUCACGAGCCGGUCAUUGCCACCGUAGUAUCUCGUGGGCAACAAAUGAUCAAAAGCAAUCACUUUGCAAUCCAUCAGGUGGAGCAAAGCUUGCAGCAGCUUCAGUCGCAGUUGACGACACUGAAAGAUCAUGCCUCAAUUCGUCGGUUGCGUCUACUGGAUGCCGUCGAAUCGCAAAUGUUUUAUUCGGAAGCGAUCGAGGCCGAGACCUGGAUCCGUGAAAAGCGGCAGCAGUUGUCCAAUCCUGACGUCGGAAAAGACGAAGAUUCCAUCAUCGGCUUGUUGAAGAAACUUGACGUGAUUCAGCGAGAUGUAAGCGGCUUUAACGCCAAUAUGGGCCGUUUGGCUAAACUUAGCCGAGGUCUUGUGGAGCGCGGUCACUUUGACGCCCCCAAUAUCGAAAGCAAGAUGGGCUCAGUGGACCAGCAAUACGAACAGCUCAAACAGUUGGCAGAGACCCGUCAGAAGAAUUUGGAUGACAACCACAAGAUUCACAAGUUCUUGCGCGAAGCGGACGAAGUAGCUGACUGGAUCAACGAACAAAUGGCGAUGGCUGCAUCGGAAGACUACGGCCGUGACGUUGAGCAUGUUGAAAUCCUCAUUCAAAAGUUCGAGAGCUUCCUCAGCACUCUGAAUGCCAGCCAAGAUCGAAUCGAGUUGCUCAAAACGGCUGCCAAAGCCUCCAUGGACGAUCCCAAGAUCGACUCUGGCAAGAUCCGUGCUAAAGUCGAUGAAGUCAACCAGCUUUGGGAUGACUUGAACGAAUUGUCACAUGCCCGCCAGGACGCUUUGUCCGGAGCUAAACUAGUCCACGUUUUCGACCGCAAUGCUGACGAAACAGUUACAUGGAUCACAGAAAAAGAGGCGGCCCUUUACAGCGAAGACUACGGUCAGGACCUUGAAGGUGUCCAGGCUCUUCUUCGCAAACACGCCGGAUUCGAACACGAUUUGGCUGCCGUGAAAGAACAGGUCGACGCUGUCAUUAAUGAAGCCCAGAAAUUGGCUGGUCUUUUCCCCGAUGCUCGUGAACACAUUGCCAUUCGCCACGGAGAGACUCUUCGUGCCUGGCACGAUCUUCUCGAAAACGGAGCUCAAAGGAAAGAUAAACUGCAGCAAGCAGAAACGUUGCAAGCUUACUUUGACGACUACCGCGACUUGAUGGCCUGGUUCAGCGAAAUGAUUGCCAAAAUCACAGCUCCUGAAUUGGCUCGGGAAUGCGCUAGCGCUGCUUUGCAGUUGGCCGGCCAUCGUGAAUACCAGACAGAAAUUGAAGCCCGCAAGGAGCCGUUUGAUCGUUUCGUUCACAUGGGCGAAGCGCUGAUAGGCAAAGGCCACUUUAUGGCUGAGGAGAUCCAAGAUAAAGUCAUGACAUUAACUCAGCGGCGUCAUCAACUCCUAGAGACGUGGCAACGUCGUGAGGAAAUCUAUCUGCGGAACAUGGACGCGCUACUCUUCGAGCGUGACGCUUCCCAACUUGAAUCGUGGUUGGAGUCGCGUGAGAAGAUUCUAGCGCACGAAGAACUUGGCUCGUCCAUCUCCGAAGUGGAAGAACUCAUUCGCCGUCACGAGGAUUUCACCAAGACCCUCGAUGCCCAGGAUCAGAAAGCCGAAGCAUUGAAAAGAAUUACCUUGUUGGAAAAGGCGUUCCAGCAUCUGCGCAAGCUGGAAGAAGAGACGCGUAAGGCCGAAGCUCAGCGUCGCGAGCAAGACCGGUUGGAGGCGGCCAAGCGAAAGGAAAUGCAGCGCAUCACAAACGAACGGAGACAAGAAGAACAGCAGAGACGUCGAACUCAGGAGAUCAAACUGACGCGAGAGGAGCUGGAUCGCCUCCCUUUGAACAUGAACGGCGCCGCCAGCGGCUCUGGACCGAAUUCUGUUUCAGGAGGAUCAGAGCGCUUCCAGGGAUCCAUUGAAGGAUCACCCAGAAUUCAACCGAGAAUUAAUGUGACGUCAGCUGAGAGUAGUCCCAGUGGCAAAAUGGACCCGAGCUUGACGCCCGACAGACUACGUGGCAUCGUUGUCGGCGGAGUCAAACGGGCCGAGAGUAUGCGUGUGACAGCACCGACAGGUCCGUCUUCACUGUCGGCGGCCGACGCUUCACGUCUCAAACGGAAUCCGAGCUUCACAACCCGCAAGAGAACCAGCAGUCUCCGCAAAGUCAAACGGAUGGAUAAUCCCGAAGACUUGGCUCCUGUCGAGAUGGGUGGCUUCCUUGAUCGCAAGCACGAACAGCAAAGUGGCGGGAAAAGGGCGGCCAUUCGCUCCUGGAAAUCUUAUUACACAGUUUUGUGCGGACAACUGCUGUGCUUCUUCAAAGAGCAAGAAGAUUUUGCCGAAAGCAAAGCGGCCGCCUCUCCACUCAACCUUUACCAGGCGGUGUGCGAACGUGCCAGCAAUUAUACGAAGCGCAAGAACGUCUUCAGGUUGCGCACGUCUGACGGAGCCGAGUUCCUUUUCUCAGCCGAAGAUCAACAGCACCUGGACGAUUGGGUCAAGAAGAUCUCCUUCCACGCUUCCUUGUCUCCGGCUCAGCAACUGAUGAGUUACGACACUUACCAGGCUAAGUCUUCUCUGUCCGUCAAUCCUCCUGCUUCCUCGUUGGUUACUCCAACCAAAAGUAAAACCCCGGCCAAAGAAGUCAAACGGAAUUUGAGCUCGAUCGCCUCCAUGGAAGCCAAAGCGGAUACGGAGGAGGACUUCCACAGCGCGGAUUCAGGUUCUGACUCGGAUUCGUACCAGAAAAGAUCCCCUGAUGCCAAAGGUCCUAAAUCCAACAAAUCGAGUCCAUCUGCUCCUGCUCCUCCUAAGAAGCGUCAGGAGAGCCAAGCGGCUCUUGUUGAACCAACGGUACAGGCCGCGCCACCCGUCUUGCCGCGCACCUCAGCUCCAUCGCGUCAACCAUCCGGUGACGAAGUCUGGAUCAAAGUGAACAACGCAGCUUACGCAGAAGUAGUUGACUUCCCUCCGUUGCCUCGUUCAGCCCCGCCUCCUUUACCUCCGUCCCGUCCGCCCGUGCCCCCAAGGGGGGCCUCGCAGCCUGUGCAUCACCACCACCACCACCAGCAACAAGUUCGCCAGAUGUCUAGUAUGCAUAUUGUAGCUGAGGAAUGGCAGGAUUCGUCCUCGUAUUAUGCUAGCUCUGCUGUAGCUUAUGGAUCAGGGUCGAACAGCCGCGCAUCGUUGUCUAGUCAAGUAGACGGCCGCUCGGCUGGAUCUAGUUCGUCCUACCUUGCUCCCAGUUCGACAGGAAGUCUGCAGCAUCAGCAUUAUCAGCAAUACGCGCAACAACCACAUCACCAUCAGCAGUCUCAGCACUUACAGCAGCGGCCGGUUUCGGCGGGCGACAUCCGCAGCGACACUUCUUCGGAGAGCGACGCACCGGCCACUCCAUCACCGCGUGAAGAAAAGAAAGAUGAAAGAGAAAAGAGGAGAUCCGUUUUGGGCGGAAUCUUCCGGCGUAAGGGUAAAGGCACGCAUGUUUAAGGAAGAAGAAAACAGUUAGACGACCAAUGAAACCAUCACCGCCUUAUUAACACCUUGCAACUCGACCAGCAUUCCGAAUAUUUUUUUUUCCAUUCCAAUUUUGCGUUUCCAUUCCGCAUAGACGGUCGUGAUCGUGUUUAAAGCGGCCGCUUCUAAAAAUCAAACAUUUCAGAAAGUUGGUGUUCGAAAAACAAGUCGUCUCUUUUGUUGUUCUUUCACUGACACAGAAUCCAGCGAAGUAAUACGAGUGUUAUUAUUAGUUCAUAGAGAUGUUUUUUGUUUGUUAUAAUUUUGAACCCAGUAGUUUACAUAACAGUUGCAUCAGCAAUCGUACCUUGUUAUAACUUGACGGCAGCCGUACGUUUUUGAUUGUGCAGCUCAUGGAAAAUGACCACUCGGAUUUUUGAUUUGGAAAAAAAUCAACGAAACAACAACGCAUUUUUGUGUUAUGUUUAAGGACACGAACGAACGAAUGGACGAGUUUCCAAAGAAGUUGUAAUUGUUCAUGUAAUAGUGUGUCAGAGUGGUAGUUCAAAAGUGAGGCAUUUCGAUUGUUUUUGUUUUCAAACCGGGUUUAUCCUUCGCUAAUUUGAAUUUAUACCGUUGAUAUCAAACAAAAUUUAUCAAUUAUUCCAAUAAUAUUAUCCAUAACUUGGUCCUUUCCCAUGCGUGUCAGUGAGGGUCUAAUAUGAUUUAGUGUGGGGCAUUUACUAUAUUUGAGUUCUAUCUAAAAUUGCAUUUUGAGUGAGUGCCUUGACUGAUUUAUUCUUGUUGUUCCUGCUGUCUUGAAAUAUAUAUAUAUAGCCUGUA